UUGGCUAGACGUCAGUGUUGCCGGAAACAGAGGACCAGGAAACACGAAAGAAAGAGUGAAUCCUUAGCACAGGAUUCUUAGGCCUGGAAAUACUUGGGUAUUGAAGCAAACCGAUAUGUUCUGAAGUCGUCCUAUCACUAAUAUGCAGACUGGGGUGUCCCCAAAAUGUGAUUUGUUGAACGGAAGUGGUACAUUCCGUGUGCUUGUUGGGGUGACGGGUAGCGUCGCGGCUCUAAAACUGCCUCUUUUGGUCUCCCAACUUCUGGAAUUGCCAGGGGUGGAGGUGCGAGUGGUUUCAACCGAGCAUGCUCAUCACUUCUAUAACCCGGCGGAGAUAUCGGUUAAGGUCUACACAGACAAGGAUGAGUGGGAGCUGUGGACGCAGCGCUCCGACCCUGUGCUGCACAUCGAGCUCAGGCGCUGGGCAGACCUAUUUGUGAUCGCUCCACUAGAUGCCAACACCCUUGGGAAAAUUGCAAGUGGCAUCUGUGACAAUCUACUGACGUGUGUGGUGAGAGCGUGGGAGAGCUCCCGGCCUCUUCUCUUCUGUCCCGCCAUGAACACGGCCAUGUGGAACCACCCAAUCACAGCCCGGCAAAUAGCCAUCCUCAAAGACUUUGGAUACGUGGAAAUCCCCUGCAUUGCCAAGAAACUGGUGUGUGGAGAUGAAGGUCUGGGAGCCAUGGCAGAGUUGUCAACUGUUAUAAAUGUUGUGAAACAGUACCUUCAGAAGUCUGAGUCGUCUCGCCCCACAUGAAAGUGAUAUAUCCUGUAUGAGGAGUCCAAAGAGCGGUGCACAGGUGCGAGCUUGGUCUGAUGUAACGCAAACAUGUCACUCGCUGCAGCCUCCGGGAGCCCGCAGCGGUGUUUCAUCAGAAAGUACAUCCUGGGAGAUCACCCACCCUGGGCCCGCCUGGCCUCAAGGCACAUGAUUACCUCUGGUUCCCUCUCGGGUGGUAAACAGUUCAGCCGCUCCCUCGGGAACAGGUGGAAGUUAUUUGAUUCAGGCGCCUUUCUCCCCAUCUCUCUAACGGAAGAGGAUUAGGGCCACAUGUGAUUAUUUAUUUUUUGAGUUCUAACUUUAAAUAAAAAGAAAAAAAAAUUGAAGAAAAAGUUCUCAUUAAAAUUACAGAAUUCUGCCUUUA